GAUAUGUUACCUAGAAAGAAAGGGGUUAUAAUGAAAAUAGAUUGCAGCUAUCAAACAGAUGACGAUAGACGUAAAAGACGUAAAUUUGAUCAAAGUGACAUACCAAUGAAACCUAUUGAGGCUGGUAAUGAUGAAAAAAUUGCAUUUGUAAGAGGAACCGAUAGUCCUGUCGUAUUCAAUUUUGAGUCAUUUCCCCAAGAAUUUGUUUCUGCAAGUGGCAACUAUGAUGCAACUCCAGGAGGUGCUAGCACUAGUACUAGCUUCCAAUGUGAAGUACCAGAUGAAGUGGUGUUAAUAAUAUUCAGCUACUUGAAUGAACAAGAUCUUUGUAAAACAGCUCAAGUUUGUAAAAGAAUUCAAGCAAUAGCUAAUGAUAACUGUCUAUGGAAAAAUUAUAUAAAAGUGUAUUUGAGUAUGACACACCACUAAAUUAAACAGAAAAUCGUGGUUUCAAAUUUAUUCCAUCUGGAAAAAGUGAAUAUCAUAAUCCGUGGAAAAAAUUUUUUAAAAUACA